AUGGAGAACGCCAACGAGGAACCGCCGUGUGACGCCGACCAGACAGCGCAAUAUUAUGAGCAGUGUCACCGCUGGAAGCUGCAGCUUGAUGAGGCGGCCGAUUUCUCCGACGUAGCUGCCGUGUGCCAGGAUAUAUGCAACUAUGCCGGUACCGGACAACCGGAACCGAUGCAGAUGAACGAUGCCGCAGACGACGGCACCGCUACGCCGGACCCAACGUUGCCGAGCAGUAUUUUGACCAGCAAGCUGCUGGCGAACCUGAACGAUGAGAACAAAAGCUACAGCCAGCGUAAAAUCAUCGCCAAAUCGUAUUACACUCUAUGCCAUCGGAAUGUGCUGUACGGUGCACCGGUCGACUCGGUGUACGGUGUGUCGGAGCUGGGCAGCAGCGAGGAGAAUAGCGUUGCCAUGUACGGUAUGUUCAACUCCCGCUUUCUAGCCAUCAUACUGACGCUGCCGAAACUGGCAAGCGUGGUGCCGGCCCGAAAUCUUGCCCUGUUUCUGUCGCCGACCGCGGGCUACAGCCGCUGGUUUAAUACCGUGUCGGAGAAUGUGCUUACCAUCGAGCGGUUGAACCUGUUCCGGAACAUUCACACCAGCGAGCAGUACGAAAAGAUGUGGCAGGUGGCGCUGAAUAAUCUGGAGUCACCGUUUCAUGGGGCGCGCGAAAAUAUGCUCACACUGCUAAAGUAUCUCGUGCGGGAGGAGCGCUUUACGCGCAACUGCGUGCUGCCGGUAGUGCGCAAAUGGUCCUGGAUGAAUCGGAACAAAUUCCAUCUGCUGGUCAUACUGCUUGGCCAGUACAGGCUCGAUACGCAGCUGAAAUCGCUCUGUCUCGAUAUGGAGCUGCUCGGCGAGGGAUUGCGCCUAUCGCUCCGGUACAAACAUCUGUACACCGGUGGCCAAGCGCUCGUCCGACUGCUGCACAAGGAGCAACGAAUGCAAGGAUUCGUGUACAAACUGGCAGCGUCAGUGAUUGUGCAGGAAGAGCACGGGCUGGUCCAGUUGAUGGCAAAGUAUUGGUUUAGCUGCUUCACACCGCAGGACUAUCGGAACCUGUACCGUAACCAUCUGAAUCUGGACCACGCCAUAAGCGAACACUUCGAGGCACUCGGGGUGGAGAACUUGUUCCCACCGUACUGUGUGCAAAACAAGCACGAAAAAUUGUUCCUGCUAGCGUACCUUUUUCGGCGCGAGCUGCAAAAGCAAGCCUACCUACGGCCGUUCCUGCUCCACCUGUGCGAUUUAGCCGACAAGCAAAAACCGCUCCCACCGGCCACGAUCGGGCUUCUAAUCGAAUCUCUCGGAUAUUACAUUAUCGCUUGCGGUGCAACGGAUAAAAUUAACACACUCUGCCUCACGACGCAUCUGACGCGCUACAUGCACCAAGUGAUGGAAACACCCGGCCAUGCAACUGUCUGCAUCACGAUCGUAACGGUAUGUCGCAAUCUGCUGAAACAUAUCGCCCACACGCAACAGCGUCCCACCCGUGUCAAGGAGUUCGAUCGCGAAGCACAAGCACUGGUGGCGAAAUUUAUGUCGUACGACAUGUACGAUCGUUACCUUCUCCCGCCCGGCACCAAACCGAUCGACCAUCAACCGACCGUUACCGCGCUGCGCAUAUUCGCCGCCUUCGUUGAGCAGUUUUUCGAAUUCACCUCCACCAGCCAGUAUGUGCUGCAGAUGCGCCCGACCGCCAAAGUGGCCUGGAUCGCAAAGCUGUUGCCCGAAUCGUUACCGCUCGACGAGCUGGCGUGCUCGUUCCGUUCGAUGGUGUACGGGUUGCAGCAUCUGCUGCGCAGCGAUUACGACGAUGUGCGUGCGAUCGCACUCAAGAUGCUGUACAACCGGUCCAUUGCGUACCAUUUCGAUCCGAAGCUGCAGGAUCAGUUGGCGAUCGUGUUUUCGCGCGACAACGAGCAGGACACUGUACGGUCAACGGUACAUCAGCUGCUGGAAGAUACGCUCGCGAAGGUAAAGGAUUCGGUACAGCAGCACAGACAAGAUUUCUUUGCCGCCGUACUGGCGGAAGACGAUUACCCGAAUGGGCAGCUGCACCGGCUGAUUGACCGGUGUACGGAGAUUAGUUUCGGCUUUCCGGCCGGGAGGGCGCUGCUGACGAAUGCGGUACUGUUUCGCGUACAGGAGUGCGUGAUGGAGGUGUGGCAGCUGGCGGACUACGCAAUGCGGUGUGCAAAACCACGUAACCUGGAAGCGCACCAUGGGACGAGCUUCGAGCUGAUGGAACGGUCGCUGCAGCUGCUGCUCGAUCGGUCGGCCGAGUGGAACAAAAAUCAUGCCCCGUACUGCAUGGAUUCGCCGAGGAUGGCACUUGCGAAGCGCCGUAUGCUGGUCGCGCUUUGGAAAACGUCGCGUGCGAUAUCCAUCCUUGCCGAGCACGCUGCACUGUGGAUAGUGGAAAACAAUAAGGAUGUGAUAAACGGCCAAGCGUUCAGCAUGUUCCAAAAGUAUCUGGAAACGUUGACCACAAUCAUGACAACAGUCUGCCACCGGGGCGCGAUCGAAGCGGCCGGUAACUGCCUUAACCGUGUCGUGCGCUAUCUGAUGCACCUAAAGCAACACGUCCUUACCGCCGAAACGGCCGAAAACGGUGUACGAUUCCAGCCGUUAAAGGUGUACACCGCGGAGGUAACGCGUCUGUGCGAGCAGUUUGCCACGUUCCCGAAAACCCAUCUGGACGAUUUCCGGCAACAUCGCGGCUACAUCUGGCUGCAGUACAGCAUUCUGCGGAGCGAUGUGCUAGAGAUCGCGCCCGGCUCGCCGCUCCGCGUGUACCUCGCAGAGCAUAUGCAGCUCGCCCGACGGGCAGCGGAACACGAGCGGGAAGAAACCGGCAAUGAAACCGUACCACCACCACCGCCAAUGAUGGUGCUGUGGUUGCACCAGCUAAAUCUGCUUGCACGCGAAACGGUAUUGAACGAAGCGAUUCUGCCGCACAUCGAUGAUCUGAUGAUUGUCGCCCUGGCACAGAUACGCUCACCACAAUGGGCGGUACGCAAUGCCGCGCUCCAGCUGUACUCGUCCUGCGCAGCAAAACUGACGGGCCAGCGCCAGCAGUACAGGGAUCCGGACGCUGACUGGGCCCCGGUAUACGCGUCGUUCGAUGAGGUCGCGUCGAAGGCGAACCGCACGAUCGAGUUUAUGUUGCGGCAGCUGAAAACGUUGCUGCCGCUGAGCGAACGGAGUCCGGGCGAAGAUGAGCGUGGCGCGUCGCUCGCUGCGCUGCGCGAUCCGGCCACACCGUUCCUUCUGUUGGUGCUGGAGUUUAUCUCAAAGCUCGAAUGGCGUGGAUAUCGGCCGUCCAUCCCGGGAGAUGGGCCCGUCCCGAUGGUGUUCAAGUAUCGUGCGAUCAUGUGGCAGCUGUUGCGGCACGAGCACGAUCAGGUGCGCAAGCUGGCUGCCCGCUCCUUUGCCCAGCUGCACGACUACUAUACCGAGAUAGCGAAUCUGCUUGAGCACAUGGUCCAUGUGCUGUUUACCUCGCGCGAUUCCAACUUCCGGCAAGGGCUGUGCCAGGCGAUACUGUCGUGCGUGAAGAAGUACGUCACGCUCGAGCGAUACGUACGGCGAAAUCCGUGGAUGGAGGAGCAGCAACACCAGUACCAGCUGCCGAACAUGAAGAGUGUAAUUUUAAAGCAUGUACGCGAAAUGGUGGAACGCCAUUAUAUGCGCGAUCGGGAGAUGAACUUCGUCUCGACGUUCCGGUUCCGGUGCGAGCUACACAAGCUGUUGCUGUAUUUGCAGUUCCCGCGCGACAGUCCGAUAGUGAUGGAGCUGAUUAUUAAUCGGCUCGCACCGAACAUGCACGGGCUCGAUGUGUUUGUGAUGCAGCUGAACCGGGUGUAUAACAGUGGGCUGAGUACGGCACCGGAAACGGAUUCGGAACCAUCGUUUCGCCAGCUGCAACAACAACAGCAACAACAGCAUCACCAGCAGCAGCAACAUUCCAUGCCGUACGAGCUGUUUAUGGGGCUAGAGCAACCGUUAGAUCAGGAGCAGGAGGACGUUUAA